AUGCACCCUGGAUUCCCUGUGGCCCCUGGGCUCUCUGAACCAGGGCCCGGAGAGUUGUGCGCCUUUGUGAGCGGGGCUUCAGCCCACAUCCUGCGAGCCCUGCAGCCCAGGCGUACCCGCCCCCCCAAGCGCAAGCCCAACCACCGGAGGUUUCUACACAACCAGAUCUGCAGGCAGUUUGCCAAGAUUCAAGCCGCCACCCAGCACCUGGCCCUGUCCAUCCUGUCCCAAACAGCGCCUCCCCAGAGACCACCACCCAGAAGACCACCUCCACCGCCUCCAUCCCCCUUCCUGGGGGUGGCCUGUGCUGAGGCCCCUGUGGAAGUGCCCCACGACAACGGCCCCAGCCUAAGUCUAGCUGCUCUGGACACCUCGACCCUUGACCUCUUUGACGACAUUCUGCUCACUCCUGCGUGUCCCCUGGUGGCUACUGAAGACCUCUGCCAGACACCCCAGGAGGCGUCUGAAUUCACCUCUCAUACUCCAGGCCCAGGAAACCAGAGAGACCCAACCCCAAUGCAGGUUCCAAGGUUCUCCAAUCCUCUGCCCCCUCCCCAGAAUGCCCACGGGGGAAGUCUGGAGCCUACAGCUCUAGGCUGGGGCUGGGUGGACAGUUGGGAGGAACCUUGUGCCUGGGAUCCUAGAGGAAUUCUGGAUGGCUGGGGGACCCUUUGAAACCUAUUCGAGACACAGGCCCGACCCAUCUCAGGUCCAACCAAACUCUCCCCUCUUGACAGACCUGAGAUGUACAGCUCAGCUGGUAGGUUCCAGCCUAGAACCCACAAACCUGUAAAACAAACCAAUCCCAGACACUCACUGGGUACCUCUGUCCACUCCCUGCCUAUGCAUUUUCCUUUCUCCCUUCCCAGCACAGGUUGCCUCCCCUCCCCUUCCCUCCCUGACUCUUCUCCUCUUCUCCUCUCUCUCUCUCUCUCUCUCUCUCUCUCUCUCUC